AUGACCAGCUACAGAUCGGUGUUCCCAGAUCAUAUCCAUACACCACCUCAGUCUCCCCCUACCACUCAUCUCGACCUGGACAAUAAACCAAAGUUGCCCCAGACAUCAGGCGGAAUCCGUUGUGACGACCAUCAGAACGCAGUCACAUCGUCCCCGACCCCGACCCUCACCACUUCGUCAUCAUCCCACGGAGUGGAGGUCAUAUCUCCCACAUCUAUCCAUCGUCGUCAAGCGUUUUCUAGACCUACUUCAUUGGGAGAAUCCAGGAGAUCAUCGUACAUCAAGAGGUUGGAGUUAUCUGCCGCUUUAGAGAAGGAGAAAUUCGGUCUUGAUCAUUUACAACUGUCUACAUCACCAUACGAAGAGGAAAUAACCGUUGAACUACCAUCGUCUAUUUUAGCUGAUCAAAGGGAAAUAGACGUAUCAUACCAGCCAGGUUGCGGUGAAAGCGAUAGUACAAUGGCAGGAUCAGCCGAUAUGAGCAAGAACGAUACUAUCCGACCUUCCACCCCACCUUCUCGUCCACCCACCACAGCCGUCAACAUCCCGACUUCUAACCGUAUCCGUAAUCCGCCACCACCGUCGCCAUUAUCCAAGGUAUCUUCAUCUUCCCCACCCAAAGAGACUGAACUGCAUACCAUUCCUCCACCCAGUGCUGGAGCCGGAGCUGGAACAGAGAUCACCCAAUCUUCAUCUUCCUUAGGUUCAUCCGUCUCUCCCCCAUCGCUAAAAGGUUUGAAUAUACCAUUACAUUCACCUUGUUUCAUACAUUCUCAUUUGGACAAACACGGUCAUGGAUCAUUACAAGAUUGGUUGAAGAACAAGUCUACAAGCGGUGGUGGAGGUAGUGGGAACCCAUCAGGUAAUAUUUCAUCAUCAUCGACUUCAACAACUAGUAAUACACAAGGAGGAUCAUCCGCAUCUACGUAUCGAGCCCCUCAGACCAACCAUCAUACAGGUACGAAUCAUCAUUUAGGAAAUGCAACCAAACCUAUUAGACAACCAUCAUAUAAUCAUUUCAAAUCCCACACCAGUACCAAUACAAACACUCCCACACACUCUUUACCUACCAGUCCAAAUGGAAGCAGUAAAUACGCUUCACCGACUUUAGGUAAAGAUAAAGACACGGGAUAUGACUCUGAUCAGUCCUCGAUGAACGGACAUGUACUGAGAAACUUGAGUGGGAGUGCUCUACUGGAUGGGGAUCUGAUGGACGGAUCGGAAGAAGGAGGAAGUUUGACCAAGCAGUUGGCUGAGACUGCUCAAGGGGUCAGGGAGAUGAGUAAGGAGCUGGGUCGUACCAAAGUCCGAUCACGUAUUCAGCACGUUCUGAUAGUCACCAAAGCACGUGAUAAUCGCUUGAUCAAACUCACCAGGGAGCUUGCCCUAUACCUGAUGCAGAAAAAGCCCGCAAAUUCACCUGAUGGAUCCAGCCGAGCAGGACAUGAAGGACGUGAUAGAGGAAUGGUAGUUUACGUUGAUGCACAAUUAAGAACGUCAAAGCGAUUCGACGCUGCUGGUAUCCAACGGGAUUAUCCAGAUUUGUUCAUACCCAUUUCAAGAAGACGAAGUUCGAGCUCGGCUAGUGUUAGUACCUUGGGUAGUCUCAGUGCUUAUCCCUCGACCACGAAUAUGUCAGAUUUUCAAAAGAGGAAUAAAGAUGAGGGUCAACUUAGAUAUUGGACUUCAGAGAUGUGUAGCUCCUCGCCUCACUUGUUCGAUUUUGUGAUCACUCUCGGUGGUGAUGGCACUGUACUCUUCACCUCAUGGUUGUUCCAACGAAUUGUCCCCCCUGUACUCCCUUUCGCAUUAGGUUCACUUGGAUUUUUGACCAAUUUCGAUUACGCUCAAUACAAGCAAACAAUGGACAAAGUGGUCGACGAAGGGAUCCGAGUGAAUCUAAGAAUGCGAUUCACAUGUACCGUUUACCGAGCAAUCGCCCCUGAAGAAGCUGCCGAAGCGGCUAGCGCAAAAGGUGGCAAGAAACGCAAAGCAAUCAAGAAACCUGGUGGAGAAAUCCUGAUGUCCCACGUCGAUAAAGGUGGUUGGGAGAGUUUGGAAGGUCCGCCUUCUCAAGGGAGCUGCUCUGAAGCCGCUGGAAAGGAUAAAGAGAUACUUUGUUUCUCCACCAGACCAGUUGAACAAUUUGAAGUUUUGAAUGAUUUGGUGGUAGAUAGAGGACCUAGUCCCUAUGUCAGCUUGUUGGAGCUUUUCGGUGAUGAACAUCAUUUAACGACCGUUCAAGCAGACGGUUUGACGGUAUCUACACCAACUGGUUCGACCGCAUAUUCCCUUUCGGCUGGUGGAUCUCUCGUCCAUCCCCAGAUUCCUGCUAUCCUCAUCACGCCCAUCUGCCCCCAUACCUUAUCUUUCAGGCCUAUGUUGUUGCCUGAUAGUAUGGAAUUGAGGAUAUGCGUUCCGUAUAAUUCCCGAAGUACAGCUUGGGCAAGUUUCGAUGGCAGAGGGAGGGUCGAGCUAAAACAGGGGGACCAUAUCAAGGUUACCGCGUCCAAAUACCCUUUCCCCACUGUGUGUGCGGAUAAAGCAUCUACCGAUUGGUUCUCUUCUAUCUCGCGUACCCUCCGAUGGAACGAGAGGGAGAAACAGAAAUCUUUCGUCGUGGUCGAGGAGGACUCUGAGCCGCCUGCAGAUACUAAGUCUCUUCAAAGAAGCCAUAACAAGAGGCAGGACUAUGAAGAAGGAAGGCAAGCUGCCGAGGCUGAAAGAGCGGCGGUGCACAUCGAAGGCGAAGAGAAAGGUCAAGAAGGAGAAGGAGAAGGAGAAGGAGAAGGAGAAGACGAGGACGACGAGGAUGAGGAUGAGGAAGAUGAGGAGUUUGAUAUCGAUGACAAAUCCGGUGGAGAAACAACUGAACCUUCCUCACCGCCUAUCGAACCUCAGAAUCCACCUGCUCCUCCACCAACCAACAAGAUACAUUCCAUGCUUGGUCAUCCGCAUAAAUGUGGUGUGGAGACUCCCAAUAGGUUUAUGACACCUUAUGAAGCUCCACCUCCCCUCUCCCAGCGCCACUUGGUGGAAGCACUAGCAAAAGCUGAGAUAAGGGAGAAAGAUAAUGAACUGGGUCAAAGGGAUAAUAUAAGGGAAGAUGGAAGUGCGUUUAGGUAUAACGGUAAACAUGGUGAACACCUUAUACCGCCCGGAAGAUCCAAUCUCACUUCGCCAACGGAAAGUGAAAAUGUCGGCGAAGGAGAAGGCGAAGGCGAUGAGACUGAAAGAUCGUCGAUGAUGGAUCAAAAGACACCUAGACCAAUUAUGACUAGUCAUAAUAGUCAUCAUCAUCAUCAUAAUGGUGAAAGAGUCCGGAUCCAGUCUCCAACACAACACAAACACAAUUAUGAGCAUCAUCAUGCGCAUAGUGGUAGAUCAAGAAAUGAGGCGAAAGGCAAAGCGAAAGCAUUUGCCUUCUUUGGUCAGGAUGAUUCCGCCAGUGAUUUAAGUGAUGAUCAUUCUGAUGCGUAG